AUGGAUGGAGAAACUAUGUGCCAGGAGACAUCUGAGUCUACAGAGAUGACGAAUCACACUGACACCAACAACAACCAGACUGAUGAGCCAGGGCUACUGGAGAGUAAAAACCCGGGGAAAGACACUCCAGCAGGGGAGACAGUGGAAGGUCAGGGGGUAAUGGUGGAGGAAGGGGAGAAUGGGGAGAAGGGAGAGACGCAGGGGGAGGAGGAUACCAUUGCACAACAGGGAGAAGAGAAUGCCAAUGCCGGAGAUACAGAAAAGUCCCAGAUUGCAUCAAAGCCUGUUGGAGGUGAUGCUGAAGAAGGUGGACAAGAUAAAGAUAAGCCAUCUACAGACGUGAAGGAUCCUGAACCGACAAAGGAUGAAAAAGAAGAGGAAGGAGAGGGGGAAGAGGAUAAGAAAGGAGGGCCGGUGGAUGAGGUUAAAAACAGUGAGGCUGAGAAAGAUGGAGAGGAGAUGAAGGACAAAAGCAAAGAGAAAGAGAAGACUGAGGAAACAGCAAAGAAAGAAGAGAAAGAUGUGAAUGGAAAGACAGCGAAGGGGGCAGAGAAGAAAAAACAAGUCAAAGAAGUGGAAGCAAAAGAUAAAGGAAAGAUUAAGGAGGGAGAAAAGCAAGGGAAGACAAAAAGAAAGAGCGGACCCCCCUCGCUUAAUGCUCUGUCUCGACCAAGACCCUCCGCCCGCUCUAUUAGAGCAUCCGCUAGGAAUGACAUUAUUGCCAAGUUCCAACAAGGUGCACCAGAGACAGCAGUACCACGUAACUUCAAAAUCCAGAAGUCAUCUACAGCUUUGGCCACAGGCGCUUCAAUCAAACAGAAGAUACUUCAGUGGUGUCGAAACAAGACUCGCAACUACGAGGGCGUCAACAUAGAAAACUUCUCAUCGUCCUGGUGUAACGGGCUGGCGUUCUGUGCUCUGAUCCAUCGUUUCUUUCCUGAUGCUUUUGACUACAACUCCCUGAAUCCAAAAGAGAGGGAGAAAAACUUCACUCUGGCCUUCGAAACUGCAGAGUCCCUGGCUGACUGCUGCCCUCUGCUGGAAGUGUCUGACAUGAUCAUGAUGGGUAACAACCCAGACCCCAUGUGUGUCUUCACCUAUGUCCAGUCUCUCUGCCACAGCCUCUCCAAAAUAGAGAAAGAGAGGAAGGACAAAGAAAACGAGGAGAAAGAAAAAGCUGAUAAGGAAGGAGAGGAGAAAGGAGGAGAUGCAGCUGGUGAGCUUUCGACAGAGAAGGACGAGGGAGAUCCUGCUAAGAAUGGGGAGCUGGACAGCAGAGAUGAGAAGGAGGGAGAGGACGCUGAGACAGAGGGAACUGGCAAGGAGGAAGGUGCACCAAAGAGCUGUGAUGUGGAGGAAGAUGGAGGAGUGUUAGUUGGAGCAGAAUCUUAGAAAAGUGCUGACAGCAAACAAAAAGACUGAAAAGACCAAAAUAUUGUCGAUGAGGUACGACAUUGAGUAAGUCUUAGUUUGGUGUUGGAUUGACACUAGCACAGCAAAGACGCACAUAAGGUUGGCUUCAUUCAA